UGUUCUUCAUGUUGGUUAGCUGCUGGGAAACUGCCGCUUCCCAGCGAUGGUUUAAUGAAACAGAGUUUAUUAUAUAAAAUGUGAACAACAACAGUGGCCUAACGUUACUUUAUUUGGUCGCUAUGUCUUCCAGAAAGCGCAAAAAGUACUCCAAGGAUAUACAGUGUGUUUUCUUUCCGGAUGAUGUCGAACAUGGUGUUCAAAGAGUGGGGAGAGACCCAUCAACACUUUCAUCCGUGUCUUCAGCCAAGAGUUGGGAGAAGGUUGGGGACAGCUUUUUGGACACUCCGGUGAUAAAGAACCUCAAGUCAUCAGGAAGAAAACUGUCUGCCAUGAAAAAGUUGGCACAGACCCCUGCUUUAGUGCAGACCAGUAGCGUUCACCAUAAUGAGGACCCAGUGCACAUUGCAUGGAGCUCCAGUGACAGUGAACCAUCCGACGAUGAGAAGCAGGAGCAGCAUCAACCCAUAGCUGUUGCACUGCAGCAACAACGUUCUCAUAGACCAGGGAGACACGUGGCUCCUAUACGGUCUUACACCAGAGACCUGCGCAUGCUCAGCACUGAUAAAGAUGACCUUCCUGUUAUAGACACAGACAGUGAUCUGGAUGAGUCUGUGGAGGAUGUUGACAAGGACAGUGGGCAACAAAUCUCAGACUGUGAAUCAGAGUCCUCUGAUGAAAAGCCGAAGGACUCACUGCUUAAACCUACAAAUGUGGCGGAGCCAGAGAUCUCAGGCUAUGUGUCUGAUGGAGGAAAUAUUGGUGACACAAUGACCCUGAGCAGACUGGACUCUGAGAGCUCUCCUCUCCAAACUGGUGAGGGCAGCAGAAGGUCAGUCAGUGACUGGGUCAGAUCUGCUCAGGCGAUGCUGCAGACACCUCAGAAACCACUUGAAAGGCAGUCCAAGACUCCUGAAGACUCCGCCAAAAAGAAAAGAAAGUUUCUAAGCGGAGGUUUUGCUGAGAGGCUGAAUCGACUCCAGUGCAGACAGAGGUCAGCUAUCAGCUUCUGGAGGCACCAGUCCAUCUCUGACACCUCAGCAACAACAACAACAGUGGACAGGCCUGGUGUGCUGGUGCUGGAGGUGCUGGAGGUUCAGGAGGAGUGCAGCAUGCAACUGGCGCUCUGUGAGCACCACCAACCCCCCGGACAGGGCCACCAACACAGUAACCCUGUUUCUGAGGAGAGAGCUCGUAUGCUGGUGUUUUUCAACAGAGAGACUGCAGCCCAGCUGAUUCCUGCGCCCAGAGAUAUCAUCCACAUAUACCCGCCAUGGCAACGUCUUUCUGUAGAGGGCUUCAGCUGUGAUAUUAUUCUGAACACACACUUCAGCCAGAAAGUCUUCUCUGCUUCCAAACCUGCCAGCAUGUCCGUCUCAAGAAGCCUGCUCUCAGCAGAGAGAUGCAUGCCGUAUUAUUUGGGUAAAAUAUUUGGACUGCUGGAGGUGUGCAGGACCACCGCAGAGGCCGAUGCCAAACAGGUCGCUGUUCCUGAUGCUUUGUGCAGUUUUGGAGGUCCAGGGAUUUUGACAAGACACUGCCUUUCUCUCUUGGAAGCUAUUGAGGGACUGGGCCAGGCCGGCUGUGUUGGGCAGGAUGUGGAGGUGGUGGUUCAGAGAGUUUUCUCCAUCCCUGUGCCUGACGGCUCUGCUGUGUCCAUCCUCAAACCCAGAGUUCCCUCCAGAUCCUCCUCAGCUCCUCCUCCAGCAGAGAAAGGGAAAACCAGGCUGUGUGUUCUUGUCCAGGACAGUUACGGCAUGUUCAGCGUGGUCCAGCUGCACCUGCUGCCAUGCAAGGACGACCUCCUCCACUACUGCCAGAAGUGGCAAGGGAAGACCUGUGUGUUGAGAGGCAUUAAAGUGGUGCAGCGGGUCACUCGAGAAAGGCGCACCAGGCUUUUCAGCCUGAUCGACAGUCUGUGGCCCCCAGUGAUGCCUCUCAAAGAUCAUGGAAACACAUCAAGCAUGUCCAGUGAGAGCAGACCUGCAGGUCCUGCUCUGAGUUUCUGCUACCUGCUCUCAGGUCAGGAGAGCUCUGUCGAACCCACUGAGGGGCAGACUGUGUCCACCCUGUACGUUCCCCCCACUGGACGAACCUUACGAGACAUACUGCAGAUUGAGAUGAAAACCUGCCGGUGCAGUUUUGUUGCCACUGUUCUGUACAAGAGAAUUCAGAGCACUGAUGUAGGCCAGGGUGAGGUUUGGUUGAUGCUGACAGACCCCAGUCUUCAGGAGGAGCAGGCUGAGCGACCAUGCAGGAGAACAGUGGCCCUGUGUGUGAGCACUUCCUGUGUGCUCACUUCCUCUGUCCUCGAAGCUCUACAUUCACCCGCUGCAUGUCGCAUGUCGUUCAGAGAUGCCUUCAAAGAACCUGGUGUCCUCCUGUGUGUGGAGCAGUCAGUUGUUGAGGUGUGCCCUGUUGAGCCUGAAGACGGCCUCCAGUCCACAACCAGGCCAGAGUUACUUUCACAGUCGCUCGGCGAGCCCCAGGCGGAGACCCUGCCCCAACCUGUGAGACUGGAUCCUCUGAGUCUGGAGACCACACCCAACUCCCUCUGUACUCUCACAGGCGUGAUAGUUGGUGUGGAUGAGAACACAGCUUAUUCUUGGCCUGCCUGCAACCUCUGUGGAAGUGACAACUUACAGAUGUUAGCAGAAAGGCCUCAAAACUUCCACUGUGUUUCUUGUAAGUCAGCAGUGGACAAGCCAGACACAAAGAUUCAGCUGGAAGUGCUUCUGAGUUGCUCUUCAUUAAGUGAUUGCACUUUAAAGGUUAAGCUGCAGAAAAAGACGAUCAUGUCCAUUCUGAACACCGCAGCACUGGAGCGUGAUGAGUUCCCAGGUUACGAUGUGGAGAAUGUCCUGGGAAAAGAGGUGGGCCCCAUCGCCGUUUACGUCCGAGUCGUCACCAGGAAACCUGCCCCCUGGAUUGGCCUGGAAGAAAUCUCCCUCUAAAGGCUGUCAGGGCAAGUAGCUAAUGAUAUCAAUCCUGGCUCCAAGGAUCUGCAUGCACACUAGACCUUGGUCUGAGCCAGUUUAGCCUGCUCUCCUCCCCUCUGAAGGCCUCCCUGACAGCUUGUGGCUGUGCUGAAGUGAACCGGCUGCAAGAAGACAAGGUCUUGUUUGUGUUAAUGAUAUGUGAUCCUGUGCACCAGGAGUUGACAGCCCAAGGGUAGACCAGAGGCAUGCAGUGUCUGUCAAAGCAGCCCACGUGGUUCAUCAACUUGGAUGUGACUUUCAAAUGAGAACUUUUCAAGUGUAAACACAUUUGUAAGUGGUUUGAAAGACCUUUUUUUGUUUUCCAACCUAGUCAUCUACCUCUGUAUUUAAGAUUACUGACACUGUGUCAAUAAACGUGUUUUUGCUGACUUAACUUUC